CGUAGCCGGGCGCGGCCGCUUCGCACGUUAUAACGCGAGCGUAGUACGGAACGUACAUUCGGAAAGUUUGAAAAAUGUUCGUGAGCGAUGUGACUUGAUUUUAUUCGAUUCUUUUUUCGAAAUUAAUAAUUUGUAAAAGUGAUUUAAUAGAAAAAACAUUAUAGUGAAGUUUUGCAUCAAAGUUCUUUGGGUAGUGAUUCGUUUUUUAUUUUUGUGUUGAAGUCUGAAGAUUUUUCUGCUAAACAAAGUAGAUCUUGUUUCUCAUGACAUAUGGAGCGAUAAAAUUAACAACCAUGGAGCCAGAUCUGAUCGAGGAGAUGGAAGGUCAGACCACGCCUCGUUCUUUCAUGACCACGUCAUUCAUCGUCGAUGACUCACCGGAGAAGUUCUUGAGGAACUUCACCAACACCACCGCCAAGACUGACUUGAAUAUUUAUUAUUUUUAUGAUACCAUACAAUUCACAGUGAUGUGGAUUCUUUUCGUGGCCAUAGUGGUACUAAAUUCCUCGGUCAUAGCAGCUUUACUGUGCACCAACGCCAGGAAGAGCCGGAUGAACUUCUUCAUCAUGCAGCUGGCUAUAGCUGAUCUAUUUGUGGGUCUAAUUUACGUGUUCGUGGAUAUUCUGCAGAAGAUCACAAUAGCUUGGCUGGCCGGAGAGUUUAUGUGCAAAAUGGUUAAGUUUUUACAGGCAGUGGUGAUGUACGCCUCUACGUAUGUCCUGGUAGCUCUCAGCAUAGACAGAUGUGAUGCAAUCACGAAUCCUAUGAACUUCUCGGGAAGCUGGAAUCGUGCGCGUGGGCUGAUAGUGUCAGCGUGGAUCAUCAGCAUAGUGUUCUCCAUUCCACUACUCAUCCUAUAUGAAGUCAAAGAAGUUCAAGGUCAACUCCAAUGCUGGAUAGAGCUAGGAACGCCGCAGAGGUGGCAGAUUUGGAUGACUUUAGUUUCCACUAUGAUCUUCGUACUGCCGGCUCUGACCAUAGCCGCUUGCUACGCGGUCAUCGUUCUGACGAUAUGGACUAAAAGCAAGGCUGUUGUAAUGAGUCCACCGAUAAACUCUAGAAGGACGAAGACCAUGAGAAAUGGACAAGUGGAGAGUGAUCUGGAUUCGAGACGAGCGAGCUCCCGAGGGCUGAUACCGAGGGCGAAAAUUAAAAGUGUUAAAAUGACCUUCGUGAUUGUUUUCGUAUUCGUCCUAUGCUGGUCACCGUAUAUCGUCUUCGACCUUCUCCAAGUCUACAACCACAUACCUCACACACAGAGCAACUUCGCCAUAGCCACUCUCAUACAAAGUUUGGCUCCGUUAAACUCUGCCGCCAACCCGCUCAUCUGCUGCAUGUUUUCCCCUCACAUCUACACAAGUUUGAGGAGAGUACCACCAUACAGGUGGCUAUGGUGGGGAAGAGGUCGCAAGAGGCAUGGUCGGGGAACUCUUAGGUCAAGGUCUGACUCCACCGCGAACUCAGACCUCCUCAGUUCCACACAUGCAAGGAGAUCUCAUUCUGUUGCUACGAUACUAAACAGGACACGCAGCGGCAGCGUGUCCCGGCUCCCCGCGGACGCGAGGCGCACCCAGCUCGUGCUGGUGUCGGUGCGCGAGUGACGGCGCGCGCCGCGGGCCUGCGCGCGCGACGUCAUGCUCUAGCGGCGGGCGGCGUGCGCGCAGCACGUCCGCUGUUACCGCAGCUCCACGGAGAGGAACCUAGUGUGCUUCGCUUGACUGUAAAUAUUUAAACUGCAGUGUCUGGAAAGAGGAUUAAGGUUCUUCGCCCGACUUGACUGUUAAUGCCAAAAUAUUAGUCAAUGUAUUUGUUAAUGUAGCAUUUCGGUUAGUAUGUGUAAGUAAAGAUUUAUGUAAUUUGUACAGGUGAAUUUGUAUUCUUUCGUCCGCUUUUACAGCUCCACGGGAGAGAAACCAAGUCGCUUGAUUUGUUGUUGACUGUACCAAACUAGAGUGUCUCUACGGAGAGAAAUCAUGAUCUUCGCUGGACUUGACCGCUAGACUUGACUGUAAUUGAUAACAUAUUACUGAUUGUUUAUUAUUGUACAGUUUUUAUUAGAACAUAAAUAGGUAUAAAUCGUAUGAAUGAAGCCCAAAUAACGUUAAGAUGCGAAUUUCAUUUAAAGAACUAAAAGAACCAUGAACUUGUAUCAGUACAAACUUAAAGAGAAAUUCUAAAGCGAAUCGGAGCAUUUGUUCGUUCUUAUAGUAAUUACUUUAGUAAACUUGUGGAUAUGAUAAUUACAGGUGGAUAUGACAAUUUUAAAGAUGGCGAUGAAUUAAAAAUCAGUUAAAAAACAUCUUUAACGCAAGCAAUUUAGGCUCCAUCGAACGAACAAAGUAAAAAAAAAUAACAUUUAUCAAGUAAAAGUCUUGCUAAACUAGAAUUUUAUUCGUCGACACCUUUCUCAGAUUUCUUCUUAUAUUUAUUUGAAACUUCCACUUCUUGGUUUUUAUGUUUUAAAAAUUAUCUCGCAAUUUCAUUAUUAAGUCUGCGCAAACGUGCUUAAUAUUAGUACAAAAAUUGUAUUUAUUAUGUAGAUUAUAAAUGUCAUAAAAUCACAUACAAUAUUGACUUAGAGUUUCUACGGGCUUUUAUUACGAGACGGAAACCCGUGUUACUCUAACAAAUUAUAUACAUGUAUAUUAUAUAUAUUGUAAAUAAUUUAUUUAACUGACAAAUUAAAUAUUGACAGAAUAAUAAUUAAGUAUAUAAGAAUAUAUUUAUUUUUUGUUAAUAAGGUGACGAUGUUUUAGAAAAAAGAUGAUGUACCAGAUGUUGAGAUACCUAACUUUUUAUAAUUAUGCCUACUCUUAAACGGGGUAGACUUUGUUCGUAUAAUUAAAAAAUAAAUGGUAAAGUUUAUUGUAAAUACAUAUAUAAUUUCAAAGUAUAUGGUUUAGCUAAAUAACCGAAUACCCAAAUAAAUAAAUCACAACUUUAAUUCAAAUGCAUUUAAUAUGACCAAAGAUUAGAAUUAUAUUCAAUUAAUUUUUACUUGUUCAUUUGUUAGUCUUCUUUUUUUAAAUAUAAGUACAUGUUAUUUUUAAAACACAUUACUGAGAAAACGUCAUACAUUUAAUGA